AUGGGCUCUGCAGCCAGCGUUGAGGGUGCUGAAAGCAGCGGGGACGAGGUGACGGUGGACAGUGCGGGACUGGUUCCCCAAGUGGUGCUUCUUGGCGUGCAGGCCCGGAUCAACGCCUUGGAACUGGAAUGCAUCGUCCCGGUGGAAGCCCUCGCCCCUUUGAAGUCGCAGCUGUCGGAUGCCUUGGCCGCAUGCCCAGCUGGCUGCGAGAUCUGCGCGGAGGCUGGUGAGGCUGUGCGGCGCGUGGCGGAGCUUUGCAUCGCGCUGGCUGCCGAGGCAGGGCUCACCUCCGUCGGGGUGGCCGAGCUGCUCGCCGAGGGCCUUAGCGCCGCUGCGAGCCUUCUGUCCGGGUCUGGCUUUGGAGCCGAGGUGAUGGCUGUUCUCGAGCCGUUGGGGGCGGCACUGGACGGCUUCGUGGUGCAGAUCCUGGCCAACCUGUGGCGCCUGGAGGGGCCUGUGCAGCCAGAGUGGAGCAUGGAGCGCUUCGCAAAGCCGGGCAUCCUCUGCUUCGCCGACACCACGCAGCCCUUCUGCAAGCACGCCCUGGAUCUGAGGCUCUACCAGGCCCUCCAGGCGGUGUGCAUCUGGAUUUUGGCCCUCUUGCUCCGUGCAAUCGGGCACAGCCCUGGGGCCUCGAAUCUCUGGGAGUUCUGCAAUGCAGACGCCCUGUGUGCCACCAUCCUCGUGAAGGGGGCCUUGAGCUUCCAGCGUGGCCGACGCGAGACCUCCUGCGUGAGGGUGCCGCAUGACUUGGCGCAGCUGCAGAAGGCGAUCCUCUCCAGCGCUCUGGGCCUCAGCCACCCGAGCCUCGUCUUUGACGGCGAUUCCUGCGACCGGGGCGACGUUGGCAUCGAAGAACGCCAGGAGCAGCUGCUCAGCCAUUGCGCUCUGCUGGCAGCCGUGGCCUCUGAGAAUGAGCUCCUGGAUUCUUUGCUAUCUUAUGCCUGGGCAGAGGCAGCGGACCUGGUGCCUGUGCUGGCUGCACAUCUGGCAGUAAUGGCGAGCUCGACACAGCUCCCGCUUCCCCAUCUUGAAGAUGCUGCCACCAACUACAUGCGGCACCUGAAGCUCCGGUCCCUGAUUAUUUGGGACAUACUUCUCCUCGAGACCUUGCCCGGACGCGGCUUCCUCCGUGACUGCGCGCAGCUCGCCUUCCACGUGGCUCCCAGUCCUGAAGCGGCCAGGUCUUUGGUCUCUCGAAGUAAAGGCGAAGACGCCCUGGCCGUGGCCUUCUCCUGCGCCCUGCUGGCAAACGCAGGCCUCGCGCCGAACGAGACGGCCGAGACGGCCGAGCUCCUCAGCAAACUCUCCGCGGCGAUGCGGGGACAGGCGAAGGCUCAGCUGGAGGUCACCAGUUUCUGGAGAAAGGAGAAGGCCAGGCGGGCACUGCUACCAUCCACCAUCUGA